AUGACUGCAACGAAGAUAGCAGCAGCAGCAGCAGCAGCUGCUGCUGCUGCUGCCUGUGCGGGUGCAGAUCCGCCCCCAAUACCAACCAGCAACUCAACACUAACAUCACCACUAGCCGCAGCAACAGCAGCAAACGCAACAGCAGCAAAAAGAGCUGCAGCAGCAGCAGCACUAGAAGCACCAGCAACACCAGCAACAGCACCAGCAACAGCACCAGCAACAGCACCAGCAACAGCACCAACAGCAGCAGCACCAGCACCAGCAGCAGCAGCACCAGCACCAGCAGCAGCAGCACCACCACCAGAAGCAGCAGCAGCACCACCAGCAGCAGCACCAGCAGCAGCACCACCACCACCAGCACCAACAGCACCAACAGCAGCAGCAGCAGCAGCAGCAGCAGCAGCGUGCUAA